UAGUAAACGCGCUAUGGUUUGUUUGUGUUCGCACAUCAUUCACUCACUUUGUAUAUCAGAAGUUACAGUUAUUGAAUGAGCACAAUGGCGGAGUAUGAUUUAUUUCACAAGCAAACAAUGUCUAUAAUGACGCUUUUGAUAGAAACAGUCCUAGACGAGAUUGAAAAAGUUUUUGACUGUGAAUGUCGCUCAUCUCACACUGAUAUUAGUAGUGACAGAGAUCAGAUAUUGGACAUGAAUGAGAAACAACACAGACUGGCAAAGCUCACAGCUGUGAUGGAGACUUUUACCAAGGUGGCUGUUCAAAAAAUAUGCAAAGUCUUCAGUUAUUGCUUUGCGCUUAAGCCACUUCAGGUGCAGGGUUUUACAAGUUACCAUGAUGAUGUAAUAAACGUAAAAGAGUUAGUGAGGGAGCAUGUGAAGAAACCAGAAAUAACAAGCAAUCAAGCUGUCAGAGAUGUGCCUGUUGUAGUUCCACUGGUGUCUCCGGAGAGACAAAUUCUCCUUAAUGCAUUACCUGAAGAUUCUGUUAAAGGCCAGCAGUGUGCAGAGGGUCAUGUGUCUGAAUUUUGUUCUGAGUCGUCAAGUAGUGGACAUGAGAAUUCAGUGCAAAGAUUUUUUAUAGUGGAAUACAGUGCCAUCACCUCUUCUGAGAACCAGCAAGCUGAAGUGAACACAGAAGCAGAGCGAAUAAGCACAAAUUCCGAAAAAAAAGAGAAAACAAAACCAUAUGACUGUAAAGAGUGUGGAAAGAAAUUUUUCUUUAGAUGUUCACUAGAUAAGCACAAAUGUGGAAAUUCCAAAGGGCCUCACAGUUGUGAGCAAUGCGGGAAGAAGUUUAAAUACUUAAAAGGACUAAAGAAACACCUACUGAAUCACAGCGAGAAGAAAGAAAUCUGUAAAACAUGCGGGAGGGCCUUCGCAAAUCUUAAGAUGCACGAACGUAUCCACUUGGAAGUGAAGCCGUUUCUUUGUUCCGUAUGUGGACACGGCUUUACCGUAAAGGGAAGCUUACUGGCACACCAGAGGAUCCAUACAGGUGAAAAACCAUACAGUUGUGACACCUGCGGGAAGCAGUUUACACACUCAGGCAACCUGACCAGCCAUCUGCUCACUCAUUCCAAUGACAGACCGUGGAAAUGCAGCCUCUGUGACAAGACUUUCAAAACCGAAAAGAAAAUGGAAAUGCACCAGCUUGUGCAUACAGGAGAGAAACCACAUGUAUGUAACAAAUGUGGGCAGAAAUUUGGCCACAUCACAAAUCUCAGAAGGCAUCUCCUUGUGCACAGCGGUGUGAAACGGUACGUCUGCGAAAUCUGUUCCAAGCAGUUCUAUCAGAGCAAAUCUCUGAAGAGGCAUAUGGGAAUACAUGGAGCUCUGAAGUCAUUCAUGUGUGAAAUCUGUGGCAAAAGCUUUGUUUUUAACUACGCCCUACAGAAACACUUGCGCACACAUAGUGAUAAAGCCAAUAUGAACGGCAAAUCUAAAGAUGGGAAGUCUUUCCCGUGUGACGAAUGCGGAAAGUGCUACAGUUCGAUCGCUAUGCUCAAAAUGCAUCAGCGACUCCAUACGGAAAAGGAUCCGUACAUGUGUAAAGUCUGUGGUAAAAGCUAUAGCAGCUUGUAUUCGCUGAAGGAACAUGAGAAGCUUCACUCAGGGAGGACACAGUUCAAGUGUGACAUCUGUGAGAAGACUUUUACUCAAAAAGUUGGUUUGAAAAUGCACGAGGUUGUUCAUACCAAAGCUAAACCCUACAAAUGUUCUGUCUGCGGAAGCCAGUUUGGACUUCCCCACAGUCUGAGACUGCAUAUGCGCAUUCAUUCCGGUGAAAAGCCACACAGGUGCGAAACGUGCGGGAUGUGCUUUCGCUUAUCUGGAAACUUAAGGCGACAUGAGCGGGUCCACACCGGCGAGAGGCCGUUUAGCUGUGAGGUGUGUGGGAAGAAGUUUGUACAGCUCAGCCAUGUGAAGGCACAUAUGCAAAUCCAUACUGGCGUAAAACCCUACACGUGCCAGAAAUGCGGGAAGAAAUACGCAUACCGUAGAAAUUACAAUGAUCACAAAUGUGUACCUGUGUGAAAAAGAUGUUGCCUUAAAGCAGGCUGGGAACUGAAUUGCAAUGCCAUUUUCUUUAUUUGCAGCUUCUUUCUGACAGAUGUCAUGAAGUUCUCUGAAGACAAAAAUGUUUACAAUUAGGCAGUUUUACAUUUGAUUUAAAAAGCUAUAAGCUAAAGUAUUAAUCAAAUUUUCAUUCUUUCAGAUAAUAAUUGGGCCUGUGCCAAAUUAUUAAUAUGCAAAAUCAAAAGUUAUACAGUGGGAAUUUCUCAUUACUCUGUGACCAAGA